CAGACCAUUAUAUGCAGUCACAUACAAUUCUUAAAUUUCUCACAAUUUUUUUUUUUUGGCAAACAACAAAAAUUUUUCAAUAUCGUGUGAAUUAGUUGAAGAUAGUUAGUUAAAAGACAACCUUAAUAACCAAAAUAAUCAUGUUUAAAUCAAUGAUACCUAAUGGUAACCAUAGUCAUAUAAUAACAAAUACUAUAUUCAAGACAUUCAGUCGUGGGAAAAGAACUGCAACCACUAUAAAUGCCGCUACUCAAAAGAUUGUGAAUCAAUUAUCAGCAUUAUCAGCCAGUAGGAAACAACCUAAAUUAAUAAGAUUAUGUCAAGAAGAUUUAAUCAAACAUAGAACUAUUGUGAAUGCUUGGAAAGUGUUCAAGAGGCAAAGAGAACAAAAGAGAACCGCACAAUUAAAGAAACAAUAUGAAAGUAUAGUGAAUGCUAUGGAAGAUUUAAAAACUUCAAGUCCUGAAUUAUUUGAAUUAGCAAGUGAAAAACCAAAGAAAGCUGUUUUAUUCCCAUUAGAAAUGAGAACUCCAACUGAUUAUCCUGCUAAUACUCCUUGGAUAUAUAAUUAUUCCCCACCUGCCAAAUUCAUUAAAGCUAAGAAACCAACAACCCCAGAAUCUUCAUAAUCAUAAUCAUAUAAUCUGCAUAAUAGAGACAAUAAUACCUUGUAUAGAAUUUGUUUAUUAUU